AUGAUACCAAUUCAGCCUGACGCAAAUGGUACCAAAGAAAAGAGCACUGAGUUUAGCUUGGUCCGGGUCAAUGGCACAUGGAUCCGCAAGGUGGGAAGGAUGACCAAUAAAGACUCAACAUGUCAACAUGUCUCUGCUGCAAAAAUACUUGAGAGCAGCAGGGAGACUGGAACCACGUGGACGGUGGUCAGCCCAAUUGUCUUCAGUUAUAAAGUCACUGAAACCAUGGGACUGCUGGACCCGAGCAAUGACACACUCCUGUAUGGCCACAUCAGCAACCCGCAGCAGUUGGAGGACAUUUAUGAGUCCAUGAAGCCUCUCAAACGCUUUGUGGUGGUUGACCUUGAAGUCCACAGGAUCUAUGGCGCCAAGUUAAACGAAUAUUUAAAGGCCAAAAAUGUUACUUACAAGAUACUUGCUCUGCCCACGGUGGAGGAGAACAAGUCCAUUGAUAUGGUCUUAGAGAUCCUAGAAGAGAUUAACAAGUUCUCACUUGAUCGACGUACAGAGCCGAUCAUCGCCAUUGGUGGGGGAGUGUGCCUAGACAUUGUGGGCCUCGCGGCCUCGCUCUACAGGCGCCGCACUCCAUAUAUCAGGGUCCCCACGACGCUACUGUCCUACAUCGAUGCCAGCGUAGGGGCCAAGACUGGGGUCAACUUUGCUAACUGCAAGAAUAAAUUGGGUUCCUACAUACCACCUGUGGCCACCUUUCUAGAUCUGAGCUUCAUACAAAGCAUUCCAAGGCGACACAUAUCCAACGGCCUGGCUGAGAUGCUGAAGAUGGCCUUAAUGAAGCACAAGGGACUGUUUGAGCUUCUUGAGCGACAUGGUCCUUUUCUACUGGACACCAAGUUCCAAGCAGACAACAACCAGAAUGACUGCGACCGAGAGCAGUUGGGCUCAAAAGCAACACGCAUUGCCAUCACCACCAUGCUGGAGGAGUUGGCUCCAAACCUCUGGGAAGACGACUUGAACAGACUUGUUGACUUUGGCCACAUAGUUAGCCCAGAACUGGAGAUGAAAAUACUGCCAUCCCUGCUGCAUGGCGAAGCUGUGAACAUUGACAUGUCUUACAUGGUCUACGUGUCAAAGGAGAGUGGCCUGCUGACAGAAGAUGAAAAAAGGAGGAUCAUCAGCUGCAUGGAGGGUCUGGAGCUGCCUGUCUGGCAUCCAGUCUGCACCAUGGAGCUCAUUCAGAAGUCCCUGCAGGACCGACUGAAGCAUUCUGGGGGGUUGCUGAGAAUGCCGCUGCCUGUCGGUCUUGGACAAGCAGAAAUCUUCAACAGCAUUUCUCAGGAGACACUGCACAACGCUUAUAAAGAAUGGUGCGAGGAGCUUGGCACGUCCAAAGAUGUCGAUGCAUAA